GUCAAUCAGUCUUCUGCAACAGGCAAUAUUGUACGGAUGACAAGCCGGCCAUCGUUUCAUCUUAUUACACAUCAGACUGGCAAUCAAAACCAUUCAAAGUUCAUUGUCCUUGAGGAACACACCCGUUUUUAUUCUUGCAGUCAUUGAGAAUACUUCAAAGGGGAUUUUCAUUUAACCCCGUUCGCCAGGAGGGAAAAAAAAGCCAGGUAAAGAGAUGCCAAACCAAUAUAUGAAAGGAAGCACGAACGAGACCGACAACAAAGAAGAUGAUGUUCCUACUGAUGGAAAAGUUGAGAAAAACAGUGAAACAAAAGAAAAGGAGAAGAAGCCUAAAAUGGUCAGCCCACUGGCUUUGUUUCGCUAUGCAAGUUGUGCAGACAGACUUCUAAUGGUGCUUGGUAGUGUUGCUGCUAUAAUUCAUGGAGCUGGCAUGCCUCUCAUGGUCAUAGUAUUUGGGCAGAUGACAGACAGCUUCGUCCAGAAUGAAAUUUUGAAAAACCUAACAGCAAAUGAACUUCUUAAUAUAAGUACUGCUGCAUCAGAGACUCUAGAAGAACAGAUGACAAGAUUUUCCUAUUACUACGUGGGUUUAGGGGCAGCUGUUCUGCUUGCUGCCUAUGUCCAAGUUUCCUUCUGGUCACUCGCUGCAGCAAGACAGACACAAAAGAUAAGAGAAACUUUUUUUCAUUCAUUAUUGCGGCAGGAAAUAGGAUGGUUUGAUGUCAUUCAGAUUGGCGAACUCAACACCCGUCUAACAGAUGAUAUUUCAAAGAUAAGUGAUGGAAUUGGCGAUAAAAUAGGCUUCCUCAUACAAUCACUGGCCUCCUUUAUAGGUGGCUUUAUGGUUGGCUUUAUCAAAGGAUGGAAACUAGCACUGGUGAUUCUGGCUGUGAGUCCGGUUCUAGGAAUUUCUGCAGCAAUCUGGUCCAAGUUGUUGACUUCCUUCACAAAACAAGAACAAAAUGCUUAUGCAAAAGCUGGAGCUGUGGCUGAGGAGGCAUUGUCAGGUUUCAGGACUGUAGUAGCUUUUGGAGGACAAAAGAAAGAAGUUGCAAGGUAUCAGGAGAAAUUGAUUGAAGCUGAGAAAGUUGGAAUCAAAAAGUUAAUUAGCAGCAAUGUAGCGGUGGCUUUCACCUUCUUAAUCAUCUAUGCAUCGUAUGCUCUGGCAUUCUGGUAUGGAAGUACCCUGAUACUGACUGAGAAUUAUACAAUUGGAAAAGUGCUAACAGUGUUCUUUUCAGUGCUGAUUGGUGCGUUUUCUAUCGGCCAGACUUCACCAAACAUUGAAGCGCUCGGCAAUGCAAGGGGAGCAGCUUAUGUGAUCUUCAACAUCUUGGAUCAGGAACCAUUAAUUGAUAGUUUUUCAGAAAAUGGACAUAAACCUGAUCAAGUCAAAGGAGACGUGGAAUUUAUAAAUGUACGCUUCAAAUACCCUUCAAGGCCUGAUGUUGAGAUAUUAAAAGGUCUGCACCUGAAGUUGAAAAGCGGGCAAACAGUUGCUCUGGUUGGCAGCAGCGGCUGCGGUAAGAGUACUACCAUCCAACUUCUGCAGAGAUUCUAUGACCCUGAAGAAGGAAUGAUUAUGCUUGAUGGACAGGAUAUCCGAAGUUUGAAUGUUAGACAUCUCAGGGAAAUGAUUGGUGUUGUGAGCCAGGAACCUGUCCUCUUUGCAACCACAAUAGCUGAAAACAUUCGCUAUGGUCGUCAAAAUGUCAGCAUGACUGAGAUAGAAGAAGCUACCAAGGAAGCUAAUGCCUAUGGUUUUAUUAUGAAACUGCCAGAUAAAUUUGAAACGUUAGUUGGAGAAAGAGGCACACAGCUGAGCGGAGGCCAGAAGCAAAGAAUUGCUAUUGCACGUGCUCUGGUGCGCAAUCCCAAGAUUCUGCUGCUGGAUGAAGCUACAUCUGCUUUGGAUGCUGAGAGUGAAGCUACUGUUCAAGCUGCUCUCGAUAAGGUACGCAAAGGCCGCACUACUAUAGUUGUUGCUCACCGUCUGUCAACAGUCCAAAAUGCAGACAUCAUUGCAGGUUUACAGGAUGGUGUCAUUUCAGAGAUGGGAACCCAUGAAGAACUGAUGAAGGCAAAAGGAAUUUAUCAUGCAUUGGUGACUGCGCAGACAUUUAGGCAUGAAGACAAUGAGACGGACAAAUUGGCUAUUGAGAGAAAUGAAGCUGAACCCAAGACUGUUGCUGCAAAGCCACUGCGAAGACAGUCAACACGUGCUAGCAUGAAAAAGCCAGGAACAGCUACAGAAAAUAAGGAUGCUGAUGUUCCACAGGAUGAAAAUCUUCCCAACAUGUCCUUUCUGCGUAUCCUUAGAAUGAACAAGACUGAAUGGCCUUAUAUACUUCUGGGAACAUUCUCUUCCAUUAUAAAUGGUGUCCUGCAGCCUGCAUUUGCUCUCAUAUUUUCCAAAAUUGUUGCUGUAUUUGCUAAUACAAACAAAGAACAUAUUCGCUGUCAGAGUACACUUUUUUCCCUGUUAUUCCUAGCACUUGGAGGUGUCUCCUUCAUCACAUUUUUUCUACAAGGUUUCACAUUUGGCAAAUCUGGAGAGAUACUGACAAUGAGACUCCGAUAUUCAGCCUUUAAGGCAAUGAUGCGACAGGAUGUUAGCUGGUUCGAUGAUUCAAAGAACAGCACUGGAGCAUUGACUACCAGACUUGCUACUGAUGCAUCUCAAGUUAAGGGGGCUACGGGUAUCAGACUUGGUUUGAUUUCACAGAAUGUAGCUAAUUUAGGAUGUUCAGUUAUUAUUUCCUUCGUCUAUGGCUGGCAGCUGACACUAUUGAUCUUGGCUAUUGUGCCAAUCUUGGCAUUAGCAGGAUUGAUACAAAUGAGAAUGUUCACUGGACAUGCCAACAAGGACAAGUUGGAACUUGAGAAAGCAGGAAAGAUUGCUGCGGAGGCAGUCGAAAACAUUAGAACCGUUGUAGCUCUAACAAGGGAAAGAAAGUUUGAAGAAAUGUAUGAAGAAAACAUGAAAAUUCCUUCCAGGAAUUCAAUAAAGAAGGCUCAUGUUUAUGGAGUCACCUCUGCAAUUUCACAAGCGAUUCUCUACUUUGCUUAUGCAGCAUGUUUUCGAUUUGGGGCCUGGCUGGUGACAAAUAAUUACAUGGUUUUCCGGGAUGUUUUCCUUGUAUUCUCAGCAAUUGUAUUUGGAGCUAUGGCUUUGGGGCAGACAAGCUCAUUUGCACCUGACUAUGCAAAGGCCAAGGUCUCAGCAGCUCACAUCAGAAUGCUGCUUGAUCAAACACCAUCUAUAGACAGCUACAGUGAAAGUGGUCAUGUUCCUGCAUCUUUUGAAGGAAUAGUGAAGUUCGAAGAUGUUGGCUUUAACUAUCCUACUCGACCUGAUGUGAUAGUGUUGCAAGGUUUGACGCUUUCAGUUGGGAAGGGACAAACCUUAGCUCUAGUGGGUAACAGUGGCUGUGGGAAAAGCACCACCGUACAGCUGCUAGAGAGGUACUAUGACCCACUACAUGGAAGAGUGCUUUUAGAUGAGCAUGAUGUGAAGGAUCUCAAUGUUCAGUGGGCUCGGGCACAGAUGGGUAUUGUGUCCCAGGAACCUGUUUUGUUUGACUGCAGUAUUGCUGAGAACAUUGCCUAUGGAGACAACAGCAGAGUUGUAUCCCAGGAGGAGAUAGAGGUUGCAGCCAAAGCAGCAAACAUACAUGCGUUUAUUGAAACUCUGCCUCAGAAAUACAGUACGUGUGUAGGAGACAAGGGCACCCAGCUGUCUGGAGGUCAGAAACAGCGUGUUGCCAUUGCUCGAGCCUUAGUCCGAAAUCCCAAGAUCCUCCUCUUGGAUGAAGCUACUUCAGCACUGGAUACUGAAAGUGAAAUGAUUGUCCAAGAAGCACUGGACAAAGCAAGAAAGGGACGUACCUGCAUUGUUAUAGCUCAUCGUCUGUCAACCAUCCAGAAUGCCAGUAAAAUAGUAGUGUUUAGUAAUGGCCGGAUUGCAGAGGAAGGAACACAUCAUCAGCUUCUUGCUAAGCAAGGUCUAUACUACAAUCUAGUGACUGCACAAAUGAGAAAAAACUGAGUGACUUAAGGAAAAAAAAAGAAAAUGAAAUUAUUACAAUUCAAUAAUUGAAAAAUUGUAAUUAGUAGUUCGGUUGUAAUUUCUGUUAAAUACCAAUGAAAAAGUAAUCCCAUGGAACAACACUUUUUUUAAUUUCUGAAGAACAUCAAAGGAAUCACCAAAGGUGAUUUCAACUUAUUUUACCUUCAUCUAGACAAUACAAAUUAUUGUCGCAAGAUUUACAUUUGUACCUAAGUGUUGGAGUGAAUUUGGUUACCUGAAUGUUAAUCAAACCGCAAAUAAAUGCAAAGUAGUGCAGAUGCUGGAUAUCUGAGAUAAAAACAGAAAAUGCUGGAGGAACACAGCAGGUCUGACAGAAACAAUGGGGAGAGAAACAGAGUUGAUGUUUUGAGUCCAGUAUAACUCUUCUAUGGAACACAGAGUUUAUCAAGCAUUUCUGAUUUUGUUAUUAAACUUGUUUGUGAUCUGUUUAAAAAAUGUUAAAUAUGUAAAGUUUAAAAACAAUAAUGUGAGGAGCACUCCCAGAUUUCCUGGAUUAAUAUUAAUGCAUAUGGCAGUUAGCCUGAAAGAGUUAAUCCAACAGUGUAUCUCCUGCCACUGCUCUGGCACUAUUGAUUUGCACCUUGAAACUGGAAGCCAUUGCUGACUUAACCCAUAUCCAUUUGCCUGGCGUUGUUAACGCCCAAGAAAACCUUACCACUGUCACUGCAGCAGCAGACCUCCUCAGUGCCCCACUCUCACAUUAUUGUUCCUAUUCUUUGAUGCAGGCACCUUGCUGCUAUGUUGCUGGCUGUUAUGUUAGAGACACCACAACUGCCUGGAUGGUGAGUGUAGCCCCAGCAGUUGGAGUGGGAUAAAGUGUAGCCUUGAUACGAGCAUAGCUACACCCACUGACAUAUAUAACAGUCUUCAGGAGGAGCUAGUCAGUGGUGUUUGUGUGUCAUUCUGCAGUCCUCUUUUAAAGUUAACAAUCAGUUAGCUUAAACCUUGACUUGUAUCUCCUUAGAAGAUAUGAAUGUAUCAAACCCUUCACAACUUAUAAUGAGCAGCAAAAACAAAGUUGCUGGAAAAGCUCAGCAGGUCUGGCAGCAUCUGUGGAGGAGAAAACAGUUAACGUUUCAC